UACACCUCGCCCUUUUCCAUUGGGAACAGCGCCUUCCUGAUCCUCCCUCUGGCGACUUCGUGAGCUACGCUGCUCGGUCGCUACGAAUUUCACUCCUUUCAUCCUCUCCCAUUGUCGAUUUUGCAUGGCUUGGCAGUCUCCCUCGGCCAUGGCUGGGGGCGGAGGGUACGUCGGCCCCGGGGGUGAUGGGUCUUCUAACGGCGGGCAUCCCCAGGGGACGGAGUACACCCUGCAAGGUGUGAUGCGCUUUCUGCAGACGGAGUGGCACCGGCACGAGCGUGACCGCAAUGCCUGGGAGAUCGAACGCGCGGAGAUGAAGUCUCGCAUCGGAAAGCUGGAGGGUGAUGUUCGUACGAGUAAACGUUUACAUGAAUCAUUGGGGAAGCACGUCCGGUUGCUCGAGGCCGCCUUGAAGAAGGAGCGCGAGAAGGUCAAGAAGCUCAGCAACAAUGAGAAGGUUGAGGACACUAGGGAUCCGAAAGAGAUUGCCAAGGAAAGCAUCAACUCUCUGAAAGCCCAACGCCCCAAGCCUCAUACAGGACCCAGCGAAGCCGACGUGAAUCUUGAGAACGAACACGAAUAUCGCCAAGAGAAUGAGCGGGAGAAGUCGCGGUUGUACCUUUCGAAGUGCUCUCAGGAAGUUGCCUAUCAUGUCAUUCCUUCGUCACACCCUCCUCCGGAACUCGGCGAGCAGGAUCUCCCAAAUCACAUCUACGGCAACCAACAGCUGUCUCAGCAGAGCCUGGAGGAGGCAUAUCUCCAGCAGCAACGCCAGAAACAGCACCAGCAGCAGCAAGUACAAGCGAACGAUAUUAUGGCGCGAGAGGUGGCGCUUCAGAACCACCAACCCGUCAUCACACACUACGCAGAUAACGCGGCCAUGUCUCGCGCACAGAAUCAAUUUGGUUUCCCACCUGCGACCAGGGAAGCGAUGGAGAGACGACCCCUCGAGCCCCAAGAAACCCCGCUUACCGCGAUUGAUAAUAGAAAGCAGUCUCUCGGCAACUCGUUGAUGGAUGAGCGGGCCGGUCAGGGGGACCAGGCAUAUGAUGGAUAUGGCUCACAAUCGGCGGCUAAGGAUGCCAAGCAACAGCGAAUGGAAGAGCAAGGUGAUGAUGCAGAUGGCUGGAACUUCGACGAGCCGGCCGAACCAGCACCGCAGGCGGAACAGGUACCACCGCACCGGCCUGAUGUGGAUGCUUUCCCGAAUGCAAACUUUGUCAGUUCCAAGUCUCCGCAGCGGUCUGGAUCUCUCUCGCAUCGGCGGAAAAGUUCCGGUGCCAGAAGGAAGAGUGAUGGUGCCGUUGACCUUGCAGCGGGCCCCAAGCCAGAUCCGACCUUCAAAGUUCGGUUCGCCCUCCGCGGCCAUUUGGAUGUCGUCCGUUCGGUGAUUUUCACGGGCGGCGGAAGCCCUUCGGAGCCGGAAAUUUGUACAUGCAGUGAUGAUGGAACGAUCAAACGAUGGAUUAUACCCGCCACUUAUGGCACCUUUGGCGCAAGCUCGAGUGACCUGGACAUUACCAGCUAUUUCACUCACCGUGGACAUGUUGGGGCUGUGACUGCGCUGGCAGCAUGCUCUCCGCAGAACUUUUCCAAUGGAGGUCGUGCGCUAGGAGACGGCUGGGUUUUCUCAGGUGGACAAGAUACCAGCGUCCGAGUGUGGGAACGUGGACGUGUUGACCCGAAGGCGACUCUUGAUGGCCACACGGACGCCGUCUGGGGUCUGUGUGUUCUACCUGGAACCGCAGGCUCUGUGUUAGGCGAGUCCAGCAGCCAUUACGGUGGCCCCGAUCGUAUCCUACUCGCAUCCGGUGGUGCGGACGGCCGUAUCAUCAUAUGGGCUGUUAGUGCGCCCCCGCAGCUUUCUUCCCCUCAAGCAGGGUCUCGACGCGCUGGUGGUAGCCGGAGAGCCAACUCGAUCUCUUCCGGCUCCAACUUCCCCUCGUCACCGCAGCCCAGCACGGCGACUACCACACCAUUCCACUACAGUAUGGUUCGUCAGAUUGUUCGGACCGAGUCUCCCUCCCCAACGUGCAUUAGCCCGUUGUCGCUUGCAGGUAUCAACUUUGUUGUGUCCUACACCGACGCCUCCAUCCUUGUGUAUGAUACAAGGACUGGCGAGGAAAUUGUGGGCAUGGCGAGUCUGGAGACAUACGAUGGUACGCCUUCGACGGGCGUUAACUCCGUGGUCGCCACUACAGUCGGAUUUGAUGGUUCGGCAGGACUUGACCCCAGUCGGACAAUGGGCGAAGAAGAAGUCGUCCAUGGUGCGACUGGCUCCAGUGGUGUCGAAGGCGUAAUCAUUAGUGGAUACGAAGACCGCUACAUUCGCUUCUUCGAUGCUAACAGCGGCCAAUGCACAUAUACGAUGUUGGCCCAUCCAUCGGCGAUUGCCUCGCUUUCGCUAUCCCCAGAUGGACGUGAGCUAGUCUCUGCGGGUCAUGACGCCAGCUUGCGGUUCUGGAACCUCGAGAAGCGGAGUUGCACUCAAGAAAUCACGAGUCACCGGUUGAUGCGUGGUGAAGGAGUGUGUGCCGCUGUCUGGAGCCGCGAUGGCCGCUGGGUCGUCAGUGGAGGUGGUGACGGCGUUGUCAAGGUGUUCUCGAGAUAGCGAGACCCCUUUGCUGAUGUAUGUUUCUUUCUUUCGACAGCUGAUUCUUCCUUUUCCUACGGCAUGUUCUUCGCACGCAUGAGAUGGAUGAGCGCUUGGCCGAUUCUCGAGCAUUUGCAACGGUGUCAAUCUACCUGGCAUAUGUUCCUUUCUACUCCUGUGGUUAUAGUUUCUUUACUCUUCUACCCUUUU